GCCGGUGCUGCGUUGGAGCUCCACCGGUGCUGCUAUGGAACUUCGCCGGACGCGCCGGUGCUGCGUUGGAGCUUCGCUGGAAUUCUUCGGUGCUGUGUUGAAACUUCGCCGGACGACGGCGGUGCGCCAUGAAAGCUGCGCUGGAGCUUUUGCCGGGAUGGAGCUGCGUAGCAUUGAAGCAGUCGCAUGUACUCCUGUCAUUGCGUUGCUGUAAUCCAACGACCACUAGUAGGCAGAUCGGACGGCUGGCAAGGAGAACGGUGGAACAACUAAUGGAACAAGGAUGGGUAUACCGGACGGCGCAGUUGUUCACUAUAUGGGAUAUUCAGGCAGCGGUCCUCUCGAGCUUCGCAGCACAUCUUGUCCUAGUAAUACUCGCUGGUGCCCGUCGGCGCAAGGCCUCCGGUGUGCGGAUGCUCCUCCUCUGGCUGGCGUACCAGCUGGGCAACUUUGUCGCGCCCUACGCCCUCACCAACCUGUCCCUCUGCGACCCGUCCCCGAGGCAGCAGCUGAUCGCAUUCUGGGCGCCGUUUCUGCUGCACCAUCUCGCCGGUCCGGACAACAUCAGCGCCCUCUCCCUGGAGGACAAUGCGCUCUCUGGGCGCGAAGUGCUGACGGUGGCGUCGCGGAUCGGAGGAGCCACCUAUGUGCUAUACAAGCAUGUGUACAUCGGCGGCGGUGGCGGUGGGGCUUUGAUCCCGGCGUCCAUCAUCAUCUUCGCCGUGGGUGCUACCAAGUACGCUGAGAGGGCAUUUGCGCUAUGGCGAGGCGACUUGGCCAACAUCCGGAGCUCGAGCAAGAAGAAGGGUCAACUGAGUAGAUUCAUCACUACUUGCUCGGGCACACUAGCGAUCAGAAGUACAGGAUGGGAGCGUUGUCUUGACGAUGAGGAUGCGCUGAUGGUCGCGCACGCCAUGCUCCCGCUCUGCAGGCGUGCUAUGGCUGAUUCUUCGGUCCCCGCGGACGGUGAUACCCUCCAUGCAAGCAGGGAAAUAUUCGGCACCAGCUGGGAUGACACGUGCAAGGUAGUGGAGAUGGAGCUGUCGCUCAUGUACGACAUCCUCUACACCAAGGAGGCCGUUGUCCACACCUGGCAUGGUUACGGCAUCCGUGUCAUAUCGCCGGCAGCCAUUGCCGCCACGACGGUGCUGUUUGGAUUCUACUACAGCAAAGAAGGCCAGAGCAAACCGGACGUGAUGAUCACCUACGUCUUGCUGGCAGCUACCUUCCUCCUGGAUACGAGUUGGCUGUUGAGGGCACUUGGGUCGACCUGGAUGCACGGUUUCCUGCAGUGCAGCUGGCUUCACCACGCCAUUCUAUGCACCGGCAGAUGGCGCCGGCUCGGUCGUGUGAUUGUGUCUUUAGACCUUGGCCGGCUUCGCCUCACGGCAACCCCGAGGAGUCCAAGUAGCUACAGAAGGUGGUCUGGCAAAGUUGGACAGUACAGCUUGCUGCGCGAGGUCACGCGAGAGAUGAGCCUAUGCGGCAAAGCGGCGAAGAAGAUUGGACUGGAAAACGUUUGGAAGGAAUAUCAGCACUCAAACACACACAAGCUUUCACAUGAGGUCAAGGAGGCUAUUUUCACACGGGUAACAAAGGUUCUGAGAUUAACAUACCAGGAGGCUAACAAGCACAAGAAUGUUGGCUACUCCAUGACUAACAUCACUACCAACUGGGGUCAAGUGACAGCCAAGAGGUUUGCCAGCAAGAGUGAAGAGAAGACAGUCCACCUGGCCUUUGGCCGCGAAUUCCAGGAGGACAUCCUUGUGUGGCACAUCGCCACCCAAGUUUUCCUCAUGUGUGGAUCACUGCUCCAUGGCAAGCAUUCAGGCGCGCAUGCUAACGCGAUCAAGGCGCUCUCCGAUUAUCUCAUGUUCCUGGUCGCGGUGCGCCGACACAUGCUGCCGGGGCUUAAGCUUCGCAGCCUGUAUGAAAGAACAUUUGAGUCCUUGCAGCGCGUAUGGAGCAAGGACCGGGGCAAGGCUGGCUCCUGCUGCAGCACCACGGAGGAGGAACAGCUUGCCCGGAUCCUGCGCCAUAAAAAGGAUGACGCCGAUCGUGGGUGGGGUAUGAAGGAUGCUGAAAUUAGCAUCAUCUCAGACGGAGCUAAUCUUGCCAUUGAGCUGCUUGAGGCUGGGGCUGAAGAGUUUCAGAUGCCACUGCUGCUGGAGCUCGUCUUCAACGUGUGGGUGGACAAGCUGCUGCAUGCGGCUACCCUAUGCAGCCCGGAGUCCCACGCCAUGCAGCUUAGCCGUGGCGGUGAGCUCACAACCAUCGUCUGGAUUAUGGUACAGCAUGCUGGCCCGUUCACGAUAGGCGAGAAAGGUCCCGAUGAUGAUGAUGAGGAACCAACAGAUGAUGAAACGCAACAAGUUAAGCAUGGUGACAAGGUGGGUGAGGAAAAGAAGGCCACCGAUGGAAAGCGGGGACGGGACAAGGAACCAUUAUCUGAUCCUUAUCCUGGUUAUCCAGCUGAACCACCCAAACCGAAAUGGGCUUCAGAGCCUCCACCACCAAAACCGAAAUCAGCUUCAGACCCUCCACCACCGAAACCUUCCCUAGCUGAACUGAAACCGGAAUCGGCUCCACCCCCAGGCGCUGCACCUCCACCACCAAAGACCGACGUGGGCGAACCAAUUGCAGUGCAAACUCGAGCACCCAAACGCCGUCGUGAGAGAAGAAGAAGCUAUCAAGAUGUUGAUAUUCAUCAGAGAGGGUCAUCGGUGGAGCAUUAAUUGUUUGUGCGUAUAUUAAUUAUGAGACAGAGAGAAUAGGUGUAAGGAUGCAUGCAAAGAGCUACUCCCUUCGUUCCUAAAUAUUUGUCUUUUUAAAGAUUUCAAAUGGACUACCACGUACGAAUGUAUAUAAACAUAUUUUGGGGUUUAGAUUCACUCAUUUUGUUUCGUAUAUAGUCACUUGUUGAAAUCGCUAGAAAGACAAAUAUUUAGGAACAGAGGGAGUACUAAAAUCCCAGACUUACGAAAUGAAAGUGCUGCACGCACCCAGGGCACAGCUCACAUGUCUUUCACCGAAAUCCUAGACUUUGGGCAUCUCCAACGGCCACCGUCAAACCAGCCGCAUAAGUCUGGACCAUGCUUUUCGGACCGCGGAAGCCAUCCAAACAUGCAUGAUUUUUUUUUCAUUCUACUGCACUAUUCAUAAUUAUACAGUUUUAGUUCCCAUAUAUUACUCCAAAUAUAUUAAUUUUCCAUAAAAUAAAAUAUUGUCAAAAACGCAAAACAUUUCCGCGACAUUGUGUUGCCCGGAAGAUCACUCGGCUACGUGGCAAACUCGCCGCGUGAAGGCGAAGACCGCAAAGGAGGAGAACCUCAAGAAGCGGAUGGCCGCCGGUGGGCGUGGUGGUGGCGGCGGUCGUAUUUUCUUUCUUCAGUUUCGUCAGAGAUAAACCGAGCCGCGCCUCGGAGUAGCUAGCUAGGAUUGCGGCGCAUUGACCCGAUCAUGGGAUGGCA